AUGUUAGGCAUUCGUCAGCUAUAUCCAUCCUCGGUUGUUCAUGCAGCUUGUAUUUUACCGCUUGAUGACGAUCUGUCACAUAAGACACCAUCCGUACUUCUAGCUGGAACUGGGUUCUCAGUCAAUGUUUAUCACAUCGAAAAGCGGUCACCAUCAUCAGAACUCACGACCAUAUCCAAUGAGGAAAAACUUAGCCACGAUGUCAUUGCCUUCACUCCGACAGGACACUCCAUUAAUAUAGGCAGCAUGGUGAUCCGUAUAGCGGCACUACGCCACCAGAUAGCGAUUUUCCUUACGCGGGAUCUGGAACUUAUUGUUGUACGAUACCAAGCUAAUUUGCCAUGGAACCUUAAUGAAAAAAACAACGUAUCUUGUGCUCAGUCUUUGAGCCACCAGCACCACUGGUGUAUCCUUUAUCGACAUACUUCAUUCACUUCGCCCUUUGGUACUGGGGCGAGAUUGGCAUUGGGGGAGCCCAUGGUUGACCCGAAGCUGAUAGUUGGCGAGAGUGGAAACACAGCACAGGCAAUCAUUUUCAAAAACAACGUACAUACGAUUCACAUUGAGCACCUUAAAUCUGGAAGCGCCGUAGCGACAGCUGGCCUAACGUUUUUUGGUCUUAUAGGCCGAAACAGGUCCUCAAAUUUCUAUCACUGUGCCUGGUUUAGCGAGGCGUCGAUGCCUUCAGGCGAGUUCCGCUUUAGGAACCAUACCAAAAGCGAAAGUACCUAUGUCUAUGGUGAAACUGAUGACACGCGUGCUCAGCGACUGCACGAAGGGUGGAUGCGGGGCUCGCCAUCUGUGGCAGAUGAAGACCUUAUGCUGGACCACAGUAUUAAGGCACUAUCUCAAAAAAAACGAGAGCUUGAGAAAAUGACCCCUAAUCUUCCGACUCGUGAUCCGCGCCUGCCUACAGUACAUAUUAGCAUUGGCUCUUUGGAAGCCGAUUGCUUGGCGCCACUUCCCUCGCCAGGGGUGCCCACGGACUGCUUUGUUCAGCUACUCACCAACCGUUCGUCUAUUUAUGUCUCCUGCUUGAGCAUGGAUUACAACUCCCCGCUUGCGCGUCCUCUAGUGAGGACAUUGUCAUGUCUUCGUGUUCAAACUGAUAGCGCAGGGCGGUCUUGCUCGCCCUACUACAUCAUUACAGCUCCUCCUGGACCGCGGAGCAAAGUGCGGACCCGCGCUUACGCCCUCUCCAGCUCCACCUCUGGCCAGUAUAUCCAUCAUUGGCAGAUAAGCAAGGCUACGAGCACUGAUUUAAGCGUGCCACAGAGAGGCACUCGCUUGACGACAAGUGCUGAGCGCGCGGUUGCCGGCGUCUUUCUAUUUCUAAGUAAACUAUGCUCCUUGUGGCUGUUGCUGGAUGAUGGCUCGCUGACGGAGAUCUCAGACCGGACUCUUACGAUGCUAGAAAGUGACAAUGUCGAAGACCAGAUGAUGGGCGGCACCUCCUGGAUGCACGAAGAGGGGCAGUUCAAUGACUGUCUGGAUGGUGCCUGGAAUCGGUGUGAAAUUAGUGGGCUGCCUCGUGGGUUUAUACCAAGAGGCAUGCAGCCCUUCAAUCAUCGUAGCCAUACUAACCCUAACCCUUAUAUAGCUGUCACACAGCGUUACAUCCUAUUGAUGGACUACAUUUGUGAUGCCUUUGUUGUUGACCUGCAGGAAAGGUGUGUUGUGGGUGGGCUUCUGGGCGAAGGGGCGGUGACAUCUGUGUGUCGAGGUCCUGCACAUUCUAUAGUAGUUUCUCACUCAAAGGGUACACUAACGCUGCUGUCUCCUGUAGUUCCGGCGAUGAUAAGUGCCACUAGGGUGCUCUCUGCUACAGGGGAAGACCCCAACAAGGUGGCAAUACCUGAGCAGAAACCAUUCUUGAAAACGGUGCUACAAGGCUUAUACCCGAUAUGGCGCGGUUGUACGGGCAGCGAAAUAUGCAACCCCCUCUGGGGAGUGUUGGUGUGUGAUGUAAACCACACAUAUCUAUUGUCUUGCAGCGACCACAAUGAGACUGGUCCACUUAUGUUGACGGAGCAUCGAAAACAAGAUGGACCCCCCUACUGGUUAAGUGACGAGCCGACCCUGUAUGUCGCUUCUUUCACUGGUAUCAAUGGGGGUGAUCUCACCUUGGUGCAGUGCACCCAAACUCGACUGUUAGUAGGACAUCAGAUAAUUGAUCUUCCAGGGAAGGUGACCCAUGCAGCUGGGUGUCGAGUGGGAAAGGUGGUCUCGGGUGUGAUUCACACAGUGAUGCUUGUGGCCAUGAUCCUGACAGAUGGACUUAUGCUAUUUUCCUGCUCUUCUGCCUGCGACUCCGGUAUGAGCCCUAUCGUGACAACGCCAGCAUACCAACAAACACAGCCCUGGCCAUAUCCACCAGCCUCUGUGGCCAUUGACGAAAUCAACGAAGAAGAGGUAGUAGUAUUAAUAGGGAUGUGGGACGGUUGCAUAGAUUUUAUCCGUUUAAGAGCAACAGGCGGGGAAGGUCUGUGGAUACUAACGGCUGUAUUCCAUUUGGAUUCACCACUCUGCCCUUCCUCUAUCUCUAGAUUCGAGGACUAUGGUCAACUAUCGAUACCCCGAAGCAUUGUGAGGAUGCGUUGGAGUGGGGAAGCGCACAUACAAUGGAUGAUACUGCACGAUAAUACCCACCUCACCGUUAUCCGUUACGACACCGGUGGUAAAGGUGAAGACGCCUGUAAGCCUAAAUGGGAGUCCGUAACGACGGUGAUGCCGUCUUGUGCUGACCUUUGGGGAACCGGUUUGUCUUGUGUGCUUAGGAACUCGGAAGAUUUCAGUGGGUUCGAUCUUUUGCUCCUUCAGGAUGAGGAAAUGAUAUUGCUAGCCACAGGAGCGGAAGGAGAUAGAAAUGGUGGACUGAGCACUUCGGUGCGCGCCGUAGCCACGAUGGAGACCACACCCCUUGAGUUCUCAUCCAAUGGAUGGCAAAGAGGCUUUGUAGUGCAAACUCGUUCCUCAGCUACGGGGUUGUUGCAACACACUCUUUUCCUAACAGAUGGUCAUGAGUUGGUUGUUGCCUCGCUUCCACAGCUGUUUCGUCGAAGCUGCUGUAACAGUAGCAGCAACACGGCAAGCUUGAGAACUGCCCAGGAUCAAGAAGAUGGUGGUGAGAAAGAGCAUCUGGCAGUAGUAUCGCCGAUAACUUACCACUUGAAGCGCCGUGUGAGGGUUACAUCUAACCCUUCACAGCGGCUCACAAAGACGCUGCACCUAUCUAGCUUAGGGAUAUUGAUGAGCAUUUUAGAUUGCGGAGAAGCACAGUCUUCAAUCCUACUGGCUAUGUCUGAGACUUCGUUCAAGGUAUGCGACUUCCUACAAUUGCCUAAUCAGGUGGCUAUCUGCGCUGCUCAUGUUUCCCCGCCACCAAGGCAACUGGAGGCAUUCGAUGUGGCCUCAGAAGAUAUAGUAUUGAUUGGAACUGCCGCACUAGAAGAUUCAUUGGGUCUCGGUCAGGUCCUUGUUCUGCUUGUGCACCCCCUACGCAUUGUUCACACGGCUCCUGUUAGUGAGGGUGCCGUGAUGGAUCUGUCAGUGUGUCGGAAAGCAAGCAAUCGUGGUGAGGAUUCACUGCAUCACGAUAUUAUCGAGGAUGACGCUGAGAUCCUUGUAGCAGUAUGUUGUGGCCCGUUGGUCUGUGUGUAUAAGCUAGCGGGUUACGCCUUAUAUCCGCUCACCUCGCAUCGCUUUGAGGUAGACUGCACGAGUAUUUCCCUAUGCCAGAUAUUUGUGAGUGUGGGCCUUGGUAGCCUUGGCAACGCAUUUCUACAGCUUGUGUAUCCCCAAAACACCUCCAUAGCGCGGGACUGCACUGGCAAUGCAAUAACUGAUGACACAUUACUGUUAGAGGAUACCUUGUCAUACGCUAGCUCCAGCACUGUCAAUGGUGACAGUGAAAAUGGGGUGUUAACUGAUGAAGCACAAACUGAGGCGGCAGGGGAGAUGGAAGGUGGCAGAACCCACAGCGGCAAGGACAUUGCAGCAUGCCUAAAUGACUCAGCAACUCCAAAACUCAGGAUGGUUGCGCGGGAGCCCACGCUCGGGGCUGGUGUUUUUAAGCAAGAUACGUACCGUAACCGUUCAGUGCGCGUUGACGACGAUGGAGGUGUGUACAUCAGUUUCCUUUCCUCCUCGGGCAAUAGGAAUUUCGAACGUUGUUCACAGUGGACUGGGGCCGUUGGCGAUUGUCAAGUUGUGAUGACACAUUGCUGGGGGUUGCCCUCACCAGCUUCAGCGGUGAAGGUAGAAGUUCUGAUGACCACACGGGCAGUCGCGCAAAGCCAACCCCGCCGCCUUCAUUGGUGCGAGCGCAGUGGCGUACUGCUGCCUGCGUGUGAUGAUAGCGUAGCCAUAUUUUUUGGUUGCCUUGAUGGCAGCCUGUUCGCAGCUGUCGAGCUGCCAUAUGUAUUCGCGUUUCCGUUGCUGCGUAUGGAACAGGUUAUAACUGAUUAUUAUCGUAACUUUGAAUCCAUCUCGAUCCGAAACGACGUCGCAUACGCAUCUUACUCUGCCACAAACAAAUUUCAGUCCUGCAGUCUCUAUUCGCCAUUUUCAUCCAAACUUAAGAGAGUGAAUCAAGUUAUCCCGGUCCCUAGCGCCCAAUACGUCUAUGAAUCUGUUCCCUUCGUCGCGUCUAGUGCUCUAAAGGCAGGGACACGUGUGGUGAUGAAAAAAGGCGCGGUAUGGUUAGAUGCUGUGAGUGAAUAUUUCCUUCUCAAAAGGGCUGUCCUGGGCAAUGCAGUGCGUUUUGAGGACCUAAUACCAGAUGUAGUGGAACGUAGUCGUAUCGAACACAAGUAUCACACGCUGCAUAAUGCCCUAAUAAACACACUGCAUGAAGAAUACGGAAACGAGUUAUCUUUAAUGGACUGUGAAGAGAUACUCAAUGCAUGGUAA